AUGCAGUUGUACUUCACCGUGCUCGUGGCUAGUGUCACAACUUUGACAAGCACCGAAUGUCGUGUGGUGGCGUCUGGUCUUCGUGCCACGAACACUACGCACCUAGCUUUGGUUUCGACUACCGAUAAGCACGACACCGAUCUCACCGAAACGAGUCCUCCAGCACCUAACACAAUGGGCGGUGAAGAAAGGGUGAUCAUUACGGAGAUCGAGAGCGUGCUUCCUGCGGAGGUCGAGAGCGUGCUUCCUGCGGAGAUCAAGAGCGUGGUUGAAUACGGCAAAGAUUUCUUCGGCAUCGCCUAUCCGACGCAGUCUGUGACGCAGCUUUCCAUAGUUCCCAGCAGUGAAAGAGUUGUGUGGCUCGAGCAAAGCCGAUUGGGCAAGAUAUAUCCGGGGCGCGGAGAGGAGAGAAUUCGUACGGGUGACUAUUGGUUUUUCUUUUUUGACCGGUGGAAUUUGAUCCAAGCAGAUAUAGAAAGCUCGAAAGUUUCUGUUUCCGAAUGUAUUCAGAAGUACGGAGAAGACGCCGUGGCAUAUUACGUGGGGGGAUAUGCACUAGGCGAUGGACUUCAGGAAAACCCCUUUAUACAGAAAAUGGUCGUACAAUUACAUCAGCACUGGUUUGAUGAGAGGAAACUUCCCGACGAUGUCCUCAGGUCGCUAAAACUUUCCACCGACCGCUUCGAAGUUUAUGAUGACUACAUGAUGAAGGCGCUGGAGCGCUAUAUCGAGGCACUCAACCGUCACUUUGCCUUCAAUAAGCCCGUUGACAGAGCGGUGCGGACGUAUUGGACCCUAUUUCAGGUGCUCCUGGAGGACAUGGGCGACGCAGUUCUGUCCAGGGUGUUGUAUCGGACGAACAGAGACCGUGUUCCGGACCGAGAAAAGGCGUUGUGGGCAGAGAUGAUGGAUGAUUGGAGGAGCAGGAAUCUGAAGGCCGACGACUUGGUCACAAUGCUGGAACUCGACAAUACAGCGAGUCAGUCUCAUGACGCCGACGUGGCGAUAUACGAGGAAUACACAAGGACAAAGUUUGUGGAUCGCCCGAAGCGAUAG